CAAUCAUUUACCAUACUUGAAGUGGAACAUUACUUGCAUGUUAAAUUUGGAACAUGUACUUUAACAACAACCAUGUCUUUUCUUCCACAUCCAACUCAGCUCCCCAUUUCUUCUCCACAUGCCGCCUCAAAUUUUCUCAGCAAAAUGAGAAAUCCGACGAUAACCCUCGUAUCUGCCUUGAACUUCAUCGUCUUCCUCGUCUUUGACUUUCUCGACACCUUUCUCUGCGUCGUUUGCAGAUACAUUGACGAGUUGUUCGAAGGGCAGGCCUCCAGCUGUUACUGCACAGACAAAGAAGAACAGCAGGCGAGGAGGAAUGGCGAUGGAGAAGAAGGUGAGGAGCUUUCGCUUUCAGAGACCUUGUACGAGAGGAAAAACGUUUUUAGGAAAAUGGGGUUUCUUGGAUUUGCGAAAAAAUGGAGGAAAAGUAAAAGUGAAAAUCCAGGAAAGGUAAAAAACCUGAAAAAUAGGUGGUCGGACUGUGGAUGUCAGUCUUGUGUUUCAUGGACCAAUGAUGCUGCCCAGAAGCUUCACUUUGUCAUUGGGGAGCCUGAGACUUCUUCACAAGCCCUCACUGAUGAGGAUUGCAGAGGAAAGCCACCGGAGAAUGUGAUAUUCCUGCACGGGUUUCUUUGUUCUUCCUCGUUUUGGACAGAAACCGUCUUCCCGAAUCUUUCAGAACAUGGGAAACGUAAUUACAGAUUGUUCGCCGUAGACCUGUUGGGAUUUGGAAGAAGCCCAAAGCCAAGGGACUGUUUCUAUACUUUGAAGGAUCAUUUGGAAAUGAUUGAGAAAUCUGUGAUUUGUCCAUUCCAGUUGAACUCCUUCCAUUUGGUUGCACACUCCAUGGGUUGUUUAAUAGCAAUUGCUUUAGCUGCUAAGCACCCCGAAUUAGUAAAAUCGGUCACUCUUGUAGCACCUCCUUACUUCCCUUCCAAAGAUGGAGACAGCUUAAGAGUACUUGAAAAAAUUGCUGCAAGGAAACUAUGGCCACCGUUCGUGUUUGGAAUGUCAUUAAUGUCAUGGUAUGAACACCUGGGUCGAUGCGUCUGUUUUCUUGUAUGCCGACACCACAGGACUUGGGAGACGAUCGCAAAGCUACUUACCCGGAGAAGGGAUCUUCAUUUUAUGACUGUGGACUUCACUAGGCACACCCACCAUUCAGCUUGGCACACCAUGCACAAUGUGAUAUGUGGGGGAGCAAAGUUAAUGGAAGGUUACUUGCAAGUUUUGAGCAAAGCUGGGGUUAAAGUUUGUGUUAUCCAUGGUGAUAGAGACAAAGUUGUUCCCAUGGAGUGCAGCAAUAACAUUCAGAUGGCGGCUCCUGACGCAGAGGUUAACAUUGUCAAAAAUACUAAUCACAAUUCUGUGAUCUUCGGUAGAAAGCGGGAUUUUACUCGGCAUGUAGAACAUAUUUGGGAAUCGAACUCAGGACGUCGAAUGUAUGAUAAAUGCUCUUAAGUAUGAAGCAUGAAUUAGGUUCUUUUGAAUUUGCAAAAAAGAAUAAACUACAUAAAAAUUUAAAGUGAACUGAAGUUUGAAAAUGUAGCUUUCUUAUGUAGCUUUCUUUCUUUUUCUUAGUUUAGAAGGGAGAGGUAUUUCUUCUAGAAAGAUCAUGUGAACUGUG